UUUGACCGCUUACAAUUAUUCAACAAAAUGUUUAGCAAAAUCGUAGCUUUGAGCGCGCUGUUGGCCGCUGCCAACGCUGGCUACCUGGGUCAUGGUCACGCUGUGUCCUCCCAAAGCAUCAUCCGUCAUGAUGAACCCCUGCACUACGCAGCUCCCGUAGCGCAAUACGCUGCUCCCGUCGCCCACUACGCCGCCCCUGUGACUCACUACGCCGCUCCCGUAGCUCACUAUGCCGCCCCCGUAGCCCACUACGACGGCCAUGACUCAUACGCUCACCCUAAAUACGACUUCGCUUAUUCCGUGGCUGACCCUCACACCGGUGACCACAAGUCUCAGCACGAGAGCCGCGACGGUGACGCCGUGCACGGAUACUACUCCCUGGCUCAACCUGACGGCUCCAUCCGCAAGGUUGAGUACACCGCUGAUGCCCACAACGGUUUCAACGCUGUGGUGCACAACUCCGCUCCCUCUGUACACCCCGCUCCCGUCCAUGGACACGCUUACCAUCAUUACUAAGUCAUCAACAAUAGUUAAUAAUUGAGCUGUGCCUAUUUAUUAUUAUGUACAAACCAAGUUACAAUGAAUGAUAUUAAAAGAUAAACUGUGAUAAUC